UGGAUGCACGCGCCAUUUUGGACUAUUUAAAUGAAUUGGGUUACAGAAACAUAUCUGCCGAACAGCUCAAGGAAUUCAUGAAAGUUAAUCUGCACCUAAAGGUAUGCAAUCACAAUCGGAAAUUUACAAAAGCAAAUUCAAAGAAAAAAUUAGCAACAGCCAAGUUCAGCAAGAGCAGCGACAGCAGCAAUCGCAAGGACGAGAACAGUAUCGUCAGCAACAACAGCAGCAGCCACUACAAUCGACCACUAGUGUAUCUACAAAAUCAACAGCAGCAGAAGGUUCUGAAGCAGUGGUUGCCGGUGCCGGCAAAAAUCAGCCUUUGCCGCAACGUCGCGCUACUGUCAAAGUAAUUAAAUGUAAAAAACCUUUGUGCCAUUUCAAGUUCUAUCUGGACAUUUGCGACCACCAGCUAACUAAACGCAUUGAAGAACAAAUUCGUACACUUGGAGGCUCGCUCGAAUUCUUUCUUACAUCAAGUGUAACACAUUUCAUUACUGACAAAGCGAUAUUGCCUCCAGUUGGUGGUAAAAACAACAGCAAUAAUAACAAUAAUAAUUCGUUAAGCAGUCGUCCCGAUACUCCUCAAACACCAGGUACACCAACAACACCGCAAGCUCCAUAUAAUUUCGAGACACACGAUGGUAAAAGUAAUACUUGUGGCGGUAAUAGUACUCCAACUGGAUCUGCCAGAAAAGCCAAUACCCGUCAAACACGCGCCAAUGCGAUUCUAAAUAGAGUACGUCGCACUAGUACAACCACCAACACUAUCAAUGUUAAUGCUGUCAGUGUCGGUGUUAACGAACCGCAAAAUUCACCAACGCCCUUAAACGUUAAGGACGUUGUUAAGCAAUCGUCAAUUGUUGCAACACAGAGCCCUUACAUUGUUUGGCAAACUGAAUACGCUCUCCACUUCUUUAAGAAGGUACAGCACGAACUGAAGGAUUAUUUGGGUGUCAAUUCUCGACACGAUCAGCACAAACUUUUGAGUAAAGGUCGUAACACUGCCGACCCCAUAGAUCUCAAAGGAGGUGGAUUUAUAAAAAUCGAAGCGAUCAAACACAAUUAUAGACCUUAUUAUCAACUAUUUCGAAAAUCAUCAGGUACUGAGUGGCCCAAAAUCGAACUUUCACGUGAGGACGGCGCUUUUCGGCUAUCACCGAAAAAGAAAAUCACACCAAACAUAGACGUGCAAGAAAAAGAAAAAGAAAAAGGUAAAGCUAACGAAGAACGAAACAUGACGCGCAAAUCUCGUUCAAGAUCUUCACAGCACCAAAGACCAUUACAUGCGGCCGUACAAUCUUUGAAAAAAGGGGCUGGCGGAGGCGUUGCAGAGUCUGCUAACACAGUGAAGAGUAGUCCGCGAAAUUCGCAAGCUGGUGGCGUGGCUGGCGCUAUUGCGACUGGCUGUAGACAAGUGAAAGAAUCCAGUGACAAGCAAUGUGGUGUCUGUGAGAUUUGUAAAAUCGAAUAUGAUACGUUAACCAUACAUUUGAAGACUAAAGAUCACGAAUACUUUGCCAAGAACUCGCAGAAUUUUAUAGCAUUGGACUCGCUAAUACACACAUCAGCGGACGUAAAUAAAUUUUUAAACGAGGAUAAAAAAGUUAUUUUGGAAGAAAUGGAAGUGGAAAACAUUGAGGUAAUAGGCGAUGUAAAUGCACCUGAUCCAUUAGAAGGAUCGGAGCCUUUGAUGAUAAUGCCAUUGUUGGACGUUACAGAUAAUACGCGAGGUGGUCUUCACCAAACACCAUCACCAACAUUACGCGAGAAAUCGAAGCGCAGUACUAAAGGUAAACAUUAUUCAGAGAAAUUUCAAAAUAUACGCCCUACAAAAUCGCCUAAGGCUACAUCAACAGCUGUUAAGUCACAAACUAGCCCACUAAAACAAUCAACGGCACUCAGUCUUGCCACAUCCAGCAUGCUGGAGCUUCAAAGGAUUGAAACGGGCGCAGCUGCCAACGUUAGUGCCACAAAACCCGUCUCCCUUCAAUGCGUUUCGCCUGCAGCGAAUACAACGCGACGAAAACAAACAUCGGUGGCGGCGAUUUCUCCACCUAUACGCGCAAUGUUGCCUCCCUCUUCGUUAUACAAAGUAGUCGGCACACCGGAAACAGUAGGUACAGCCAUACGCAAAACACGGGGCGACCUGCUCUCUGGCGGAGAUCAAGGAGUAACAGCAUCACCUUCACUAAUCGUCAAAUUUCAAAAAAUCCGUGCUGCUGAAUUAAACCGGCUAAACGGUGAAGCGGAGAGUUUUAUGUUUCCUAAGCAGCGCACAUCGAGUGAACUGCCCACCGAUAUCGAUCGACAAACUACUUCCGAUAAUGCGCCUGCUAGCUUUUCGUCAACAAGUCUAGAUAGCACUAGCGACAGGCCAAUGGAAAUAGAGUUAGCCAUAACAACAGAUAAUACCGAUAAGUCUGCAGUAGGAAGUAAAGAGGUGGGAAAACGCGCAAUCGCCAAUGCAAAGCGUCGUAAAAGCCAAGCAUCGACGUCUACUAAGCAGCGCUUUCCAACCGCCCCCAUCCAGCCAGAAUUACAACUGAAGAAUAAGCUUGGAUUACGUAAGUCUGUGCCUACAAAGUCGGCAGUGAUGUCGACAGUAGGCAAUAAUGUCACUGAAACAGCAAAAUCUGCCAUAUCAGCGGCAGCUGCUAAAGCGAAUGCCACAGCAGCUGCUCUAGCGGCAAUUACACUGCCAGAAGCAACACGUAAAAGCAGCCGUACCGCCACCGCUAUAGUAACGGCAGCAACUACUAGUAGCCGCUUACUACGUGCCGCCGUGGAAGCGGCAAAGCAUAACUACCGACAAAUGGCGGCAGCCAACGAGUUGGUCGAAAACGGACGCAAAAAGUCGAAUGCCAGUGAAACGACGACAAAGUCCUUGGUAGAAGCAACGGCGAUGAAGACUAGUCAAAAUGUGUCAGUUGUGAAUAUGGAGGAUCGGAUGGGGGGUGAUGAAAAUGUUAAGAAGGAAGAUGAAAAUGAAAGUGAGGCCGAUAACAUUAGUAGCUGUACGGAUGAAGAAGAUGAAGAAGAAAAUCACACAGAUAUUUGCAAAGGAUUUGGAGGUGGAUAUUUUGAUGAAGAUUUAGAUGAUGAUGAUGACGACGAUAUUGAUAAUGAUGAUGAAAACGAUGAAGACUAUGUACAUUAUAAGAGCAGGAGGCACAAAUCCAUUUCUUUUGACAAUUCGUCUGACAUUUGGCAGAGUGCGUGUAGUGGUCCUACAUCAAGAAGGCAACGGGCAAUGAAGAGAGAAGAGCAGAAAUAUAAAAGCGAUGUUUCAAUAGUUGAAACGAAAGAUUGCGCCAUUACGAAAAAUACACGUGAAGUCGGGAGAGGGGGAAAGCGGAAAAAAUGUAGUGAGGAGCCAUUUAAGACCAAAGCACAGAGUACAACCGCAUCUGGCAAAAGUAAUAAAAAAUCAGCUGAUGAGACGGUAUUACCAACGCCAUCACCAUCGAAAAAAAAGUCCAUUGAAUCGUGUUUCGAUUAUAAGACCAGCGCACGCCUAAAUCAAAUGCGAUACUCCUUUGAGCGCAUACCUACAACUGAUCUCUGGUACCGAGUUUUCUCACGUCAAGAUAAUUGUGCCGAACGCUUUUUCGAAUAUUAUGGUUCAACGAACUAUCGUAAGCUACCUUAUGAACUUGGCCCAAUACCAUUCGCACGCACGUUGGACUCUGCCAUAUGCUGUAAACUCUGCGAAAGUCAGAAAAACGUACAAUUACCGACAAAUGAAGAGAGUAAAAUAUUCUCAAAUGCGGGCAAUAUGUGCAAAGUAAAAUCGGAACCAUUGGAAGAUUCGGAAGCGGGUGCCACCAAAUCAAGAGACUCGAGCAGUUGCAAUUCAAAUGACAUCGCCAAUACAAACAACAUAUGUCACAUUGCCAAUGCCAAUAAUGUACCACCCGAGUCUUCUACAACACAGUACAAGCAUAAGCAUAAAAAAUUACAAAUUCUACAACGUUAUCGCCAGGAGCAACAGGAACUACAGAAACGACAAUCCCUACAGGUUUCUGCACUUCAGGAGAAUAUCUCCAACGAAUCGCAAUGUGAUACCAAAGCUACUAGUAUAUCAGGUCCAGAGCGAGCGCGCGAUCGACAACGAGCUGGCUCCACACACAGCACAACGAGUAGUACGAGUUGUGCCAGCAGUACCGCCACUACCAAAACCAGCAAAAAUAGAUACCUCAAUAAGCAUCUGAAUAAAGCUGCGACCGCCUUUCUGAACCUAGAAUUGCCGCCUCGAAAAUCUCCGCGCGAGCACGCUUCAACGCUUGCAUUAGUGAGUUGCAUUAUAAAGCAACGGCAAGAUUCACAGAGUAAACCGAAUUCAGAGACCGACGAGCCGUCCACUACUCCCACACCAGUUUCAGUUACAAAAGCAGCAAGCGUUACCACACCUGGAUCAGAGCUCGCUUUAGCUAUAGCUUCAACAAUAAAAACUAAAGCGCAGAACGUAACGACUGCAUCAGUAUACACAGAUUCAGUAUGUAAUGCGAAACCAUCACCAACUGUUAGCGAUUUACCAGUUUUACGUUCUCCACGCCAUACACGCUCUGCUGCGGCUACUCCCGUCGAAGAGUUGCGUUUCACCACUGAAAUAUCGGAAAAUGUAAAACGCAUGCGACGUGGUCAAAAUAAAUACGAUCACUCGCCUCCAAUAGCGCUUAAUCAAUCACGGAAAAGCACUCGUGGCGGCCGACAGAUAGUAAAGUCACCACUGAGUAGACCAUCACGGGCUUAUAAUGGUGUACAAAAAUUCCUGCACUCCACUGAUCGCACCACUAAUCGAAUGAGUCAAACACCCAGUUCGAUGGUCGCAGUAGCAGCAACGACAGGCAAACGACGCAGACGUGGUUUUGCGGCCAGGCGACAUAAUUGCUACAGUGGUCUACUUGGACAGGGUUCUGCUCUGCCAUCCAUUCGUAAGACAGGUUCCAAAAAGGGUGUAUUAGAAUUCGAGGUGGAUUCGGCUGCAUUAAAAGCCCUCGAAAGUGCGACGAAACAUACAAAUAUUCAUAAACUAGAGUGGCAGAUUGAUAAAUACCUGCAAUUCCAUGGCAGCGAAUACGAUUUAGAGGAAGACUUAGCGUUGGACAACUGUGAAGGUGGAGAAGCGAUGUCGCUUGCAACGAUAAGCACAUCCUCGAGAAAGAAUAGCGCAACUCCUGCAUCGGCUACUGCAUCUACGAGUAAGACACUUGGUGGAAUCAGCUCAACUAAUACGAAUGUCAAACGUAAUACAAACGCAACGAUAUCUUCCGCUACCUUGGCGUCAAAUACCCCGCCACCCACCGAUUGCUUUUCUAGUGACUUCGAUCUGUAUGACUUGUUUACGAAUGCAAUGGGUGGCAGUCGGUCAGAUGAGGAACAAAUGAUAAAUGUUGGCGGCAAACGUAGAAGCGCGGGCCUUAGUUUAUACAACUCGCUAUCAAUGCAGAACUAUUUUCGCAAACGGAAAAGUCUCAAAUCCAACCGUACCGGGUGGCCAAAAGUACAAAAAAAGAAGACUUCCGCGCGCCAACAACAAAAGUUAGCACAAAAAAUACGUUUCCUGCGAGAUAUAGGUGAGUUUGCUGGAAAUGGGAUUAAAGAAGAAGUGGGUUUGACAGAGGGUAAGGGCAGCGAUGAAGCUGAAGAAAACGAUAUGGCUCUUAUGUGUAAAGGUAUACAACGGCGGCGGCGAAACGGUGUUAUUACGCCACCACAAAGUGAGGGCGAAGUCAACCAAAAAACGCAAAAUGAUGUCGCAGAAGAUGAAGAAGAAGCAGGAGCGGACGAUGAUACGGAACUAGAGGCUGGCGAGAGUAUACCAGAGGAGGAGGAGGGGGAGGAGGAAGAAGAAGAUGAUGGAGAUGAGUUGGAAGACGAUGGCGAAACUAUGAUGGAUUCAAUCGAUGAGGAAGGAGUACAAACCGAGCCCGACGCUGAUGAUGCGGCCGAAGCUGACGAAGAAGACAUAGAAGAUGCUGAACUGUAUACAGAAGCAGUCGGAACAGCAGGCGAAGAUGAAGAUGAUAGUAAUUUCGUGUCCUUGCGUAAACGCAUACAACGGCAUACGAAUGCUAGUCCGCUCGAAGAUAAACUCGUGCCCAUAAACUCGUUAACAACAAUUAGUUGUAUCACCAAUAAUAACAGCGGUGCCACUUCUACGCCCUCGACGCAAAUGCUACUUGGAAGUGCGAGGCGUACACCUCAGUUGCUCAACGGCAGCCUGGGCAGCUGUAUUAGUCCCAGCGAAAAAGCCGGCGAUAAUUCAGACAUCUUUACAGUAUCUUCAGAUGGACUAGAUACCGAUUUGGAUAUGAGCAACUCGCAACAUAAAUGUGACGAUGAACAUCUGCAUCAUCAUAAUCAUCAUCAUACGCAUCAUCAGGAUCAAUGUGUUGGUCAUCAGACGCCAAAGCGUAAAUUCGAUUUGUCGAAAUAUGCGCCAAAUAAUACUACAGCAAGUAGCUGCGCCGCAGAAGCUGCAACUGCUGCGGUAAAAUCCUUGGCAAUAUCACAGUUUCUUAAAAAAGAGGUACGGGUGACAUGUAGACGCUUGCGGGCACCAUUCCGUCGCUAUCGAUAUCGCAGAUAGGAUAAUAAAAGUUCAACUAAUGUGGCUGAAACUAUAGUCGCUCAUAACACGUAACUGCACUGGCGAGCAGCAGGCAGCAAUCGUGGAGCAACAACUUCGAACACCCUAAACAACAACAUGCAACAGUGUACAUACACAUUACAUUACAAGCAACUUUCACCCAUGAAAAUAUUAUAAGAAAAUGAAAGAAUUCAAUCACACAACUAGUUGUAUUUUGUACUUGUAAAUUGUUACGCAAUCAAUGUUUUAAGACGAAACCCAAAAAUAAAAUAAAAACAAAAAAAAAAAAAACAACACUGCAAAAACUGUAAGCAGUAGAGUAUAUAAAGAAAAUAUAUGUAAUUUAAUAAUUGUCGGACUUAAAGUACAUUAUGUAUACCAUACACACACACAAGCAUAUAAUUUUUGUAAUUAAAAUAAAAUUAAAAGAACGAAAAUUAAUACUAAGUACCACAAACAUUCGCUGCCCCAUGCACUAGCCUCAAUUUCCACUAUGUACAGUAUGGUGUAGUAGAGUUAGUGUUCAUUUUGUGAAUAAUGUUAUCCUAAUAGAAUUUUGUAAAACCUCAGCUAAUACAGUAUAUCAAUGUUUAAUUUUUCGUAAAGAAAUGCUCGCGAAAAUAAAGAAUUUUGUUGAUUUUUUUUUAAUUCUUUUUUAAUUUUUUUUUCUACACAAUAAAAUGUAAUGUAAAGUUUAGCGUUUAAGUAGCAUAUUGUAAUCGUAUACGUUUAAACAAAAUUGAAAGUAAAAUGCAAAAUGCAUUUGUAUGUAUGUAUGUGUUGCAGCGAAUUCACGCGAAACUAAAAUAAUUUUCAUAUGUUCUGUAAAACAACUACCAAGAUAUGAACUUAAUUAUAAUACAAAAACAAAUAAAAAGAUCAUUAUAAAAAAAUUGA